AUGGGUUUCUUCUAUUCUCAAUUUUUUGUUCGUCCCACCUACCCUACCCGCUCCUUUCAAGGGGAGACGGUGCUUGUCACCGGCGCCAAUGUGGGUCUUGGCUUGGAAGCGGCUCGGCAUAUAGUACGCCUGGGUGCCUCCAGAGUGAUUUUGGGGGUGCGUAACGUGGAGGCGGGCGAAGCGGCCAAGAUGGAGAUCGAGACGUCUACUGGACGGUCGGGAGUCUGUGAAGUGUGGAAGGUCGAUCUAGCUUCAUAUACCUCCGUGCUGGCGUUUGGCGACCGCAUCGCCCAGAUCCCCCGACUCGAUGCGGUGAUUCUCAACGCCGCUUUGGCAACUAGGACCUUCGAGUUCGCCGAGGGCUACGAACGCACUAUCACGGUCAACGUUAUAAAUACCCUGCUUCUCGCCCUCCUCAUCCUCCCUUCUCUUAAAGCUACCCGCCAAAAGGUGCCUUCUGUGCACCCUUGUCUCACCUUUGUGGUGAGCGAAGUCCAUGCAUGGGCUGAUACCACCGAGUUCGAAUCAGGCCGCAGCGACCUACUAAAGGCCCUUUCUGACCCAAUCAAGGCCAAAAUGCGUGGACGAUACCCAAUGUCCAAACUACUCGAGGUUCUUCUGGUGCAGGAGCUUGCCGGUCGGGUGCGUGGCUCGGAAGUGAUGAUCGAUAUGGUCAACCCUGGACUCUGUCACUCUCAACUGGGCCGAGAGGCUGGGGUAGGAUUUAUGAUCAUGAAAAUUGUUCUUGCUCGGUCUACUGAGGUAGGGUCCCGCACCCUAGUCCAUGGUGUCUCUAUGGGCCUCGAAGGACAUGGCGUCUAUAUGACUGAUGGUCAACUGGAGAACACGGCUUUGUCACCAUUUGUACGCAGUAAGGAGGGUGGUGAAGUUCGGGAGAAGCUCUGGGACGAGCUGUCGAUGAUCUUGGAAGGCGUCCGGCCUGGGAUCAUGGAGAACGCUCAAUAA